AUGCGCUUACGAAGACCUGACAUGGAUAACACAACUAAGCAGGACGUGGAAACGUUCUCACAAUGGUUACUUGUUGUUGGCAAUGGAGAAUUAGGCAUCCCUGAGACUAACGGUCCAUGUAAUGCCAAGAAAAUCGAAAUACCAUCACAAUACAUCAUACAAUCACAUGUUUCAGCUAUCGAAGAACUAAUCGGAUUCAUUUAUGACAAUUUUACUCUUCAAAACCCAAUGGUACUAAAUCUUUCUGAAAAAGCAAUAAUAUGUCUAAAAAAUGAAACUACACAUGAAAUAAAUAUGAUGAUUCUAAAGAAGACUCCUGGAAACAGCAAAACUUACCUAAGUACAGACUCAAUAAUCCCAAAUGCCGGCUGCCAUGGUGAUCCCGGUUUGCUCUAUCCACCUGAAUACUUAGACAUGCUAAACUUCAAUGGUAUUCCACCGCAUCAACUGGAAUUAAAGAUCAAUGCUCCCAUAAUACUUAUGCGUAACAUCAGUCCAACUUCUGGCCUAUGCAAUGGAACACAAUUUAUAAUUACACAUCUUUUAUCAAGAGUCAUUGAGGCACAAAUAAUGACUAGAACAACCAUAGGACAUCGAGUUUAUAUACCUCGCAUCAGUUUAACACAUACAGAUAAUGAACUUCUGUUUACCUUCAAAAGGAAACAAUUCCCAAUAAAACUUUUCUACGCAAUGACAAUAAACAAGAGUCAAGGUCAAUCGCUAAAAAAAAUUGGCAUCUAUCUUCCACAACCUAUUUUUGGCCAUGGUCAACUCUACGUAGCACUAUCAAGAGCAACAUCUCCACAAUCUCUCAAAGUUCUAACUAUUCCACAGCCAAAUGAGCCUGCAAACUUAACCAGAAACAUAGUUUAUUCAGACUUUUUGUCAGAAAUUGAUAGUACUUUUAACCAUAAUUAA